AACGGGAACUGGGGGGGAACCAGGAGAGAACGGGAACUGGGACAGAACAUGAACCGGGACAGAACAGGAACCGGCGGGGUCUGGGAGAGAAUGGGAACGUGGGGGAACCGGGACAGAACGGGGGGAACCGGGAGAGAACAGGAACCCCGGGAUGGAACUGGGACCUACUGGGAGCCUGGGUGUGAGACUGGGAUUGAACAGGACCUCAGGGUGGAGCAGGGACAGAACAGGAACCGAGGGUGAGACCGGGACCUGCUGGGACCCUCGGUGUGGGACUGGGACCCCGGGGGUGGAACUGGGACCUGCUGGGAGCCUGGGUGUGGAACCAGGCCAUCCUGGAGCCCCCGAGUGGAACCGGGACGUGUUGGGACCCUCAGAGUGGAACCGGGACGUGCUGGGAGCCCCGGGAGCCACGGGCAGAACGAUCCAGGCAUGGAGGAGGAGAGCCCGGCAGGUGCCACCCGCUGUGCCCCCGGUGCUGAACGGGGCACUGGCACCCCCCCGGGCACCCCCAUGGGCACCCCGGCCCGGGCCCCGCGCCAGGAGGAGGAGGAGGAGGAGGAAGAGGAGGGUGACGAGGACGUGGCCGGUGACACCGAGGACAUCCCGCUGCUGGCAGGGGCGGCCCCGCGACAGCAGAGCCCCGCCAGGGAGGAUGAGGACGGCUGGGAGGCCACCGCCACCGUCCCCGCUGCCAGCCCGACCGGUGAGCUCCGUCCCCCGUGCCACUACAAGUGCCACCACCGCGCCGUCCCUGCCCUGACGGCGGCCGUGUCGCCGUCGCUGUCCCCAGCGCGUAGCCCGGACCUCUUCGAGCGCCUGCAGCACGCCGUGAGCUCCCUGGAGCGCGCCGCCUUCUCCCGCCACCGGCAGCCCCCGGCGCGGCCGCCGCCCGCCCCGGGCUGGCACCGAGCGCUGCAGAGCCUGCAGGAGCUGAGCCGGACCCCGGGCUGGGCGCUCCGCCGCUGCCCGGAGGUGGCGGCGGGACCGGGGCCACCGGCGGAGGUGGCGGCGGCGGCGGCGAGGAACGCGAGCCUGCGGGCGAGCCUGGCCCGGCGGGACGAGGAGCUGCGCCAGGCCACGGCCGCGCUGCGGGGGCUGCGGGGCGAGCGGGAGCGCCUGCAGGGCAAGGUGCGGGACCUGCGGGAGGCUCUGGCCAGGCUGGAGGAGCCGGGGGGAUCUGGCAGUGACACCCCCGGGGCCGAUGACACCCCCGGGCCCAGCAGCCCUCCGGGGCACCGGCCCCCCGCGCCGCUGUCCCCGCUGUCCCCGCUGUCCCCGCUGUCCCCACAGCCCUCGGCGGGCCCCGGCCGGGAGCAGGAGGAGCGGCUGCAGCAGCUGCAGGGGCUGCUGGCGCGGCUGCAGGAGGCGAACCGGGAGCUGCUGGCGGCGCUGGGCGAGUGCAAGGGCGAGGCGGAGCGGCUGAGCAUGGAGCUGGGCCGGAGAGAGGCCCGCAGCAGCGGGCUGCGGCUGGCGCUGCGCUGCAGUGAGCGCUGCGGGGGGGCCUACGCCGCCCUGCUGGACCUGGUGCGGGCAAAGGUGGCACCGGAGGGUGGCACCCGUGGGGCGGCACCGCCCGCACCGUGCCCAGGAACCGUGGCAGAACCGAGCCCGGGCCGUGAACCGGGACCCGGCCCUGCCACAUCGGGACCCGGCCCCGCCGCACCGGAACCGAGCCCGGGCCGUGAACGGGGACCCAGCCCCGUCACACCGGGACCCGGCCCCGCCACAUCGGAGCCCCCGGGGCCAGCGGAGCCGGACAGCCGUGAGGACCCCGCGGACAGCCCCGGGGCUCACAGCCCCCGCGGGAUGGAGGAGGGAGCGCUGCGGGACCUCAUCCGGCGGCUCCGCGCCGAGCAGGCGGCGGUGGAGGGGUCUCUGCUGGACGCCCCCGAGCCCGCGGAGCCCCCCCGGGAGCGCGACCCCCGGGCCCGGGCGGAGCGGGCGCUGCGGGAGGCGCGGGCGCUGCUGCCCGGCUGGAGGCGGCCGGAGAAAGAGGAGCUGCUGCAGGAGCUGGCGGUGCUCAAGUUUCCCCCGCGGUGCCAGGAGGCGCUGGCGGAGCUGCGGACGCGGCUGCAGCUGGCGCAGAAGGAGAAGCGAGCCCUGGAGCUGCUGCUGGCCGCGCACGGGCCCCGCGAGGCCGCGCUGCGCCUGCUGCUGCGGGAGCGGGAGCGGGAACGGCACCGGGAGCGGCACCGGGAGCGGCACCGGGAGCGAGAACAGCGGGACGGGCGGGACGGAGCCUCCGGCAGCAGUUCCAGCAGCAGCUCCGGCAGCAGCUCCGGCAGCAGCUCCGAGGAGGAGGCGCGGAGGGGCCGGGGGGCGGCGAUGGCGCCGGGGAACCGCCCGGACCCCGAGAGAACGAGGGAGGAGCUGCUCCGGAUCCGGGCCAGGACGGAGCAGCUGCGGGGCCGUGCCCGGGAGCUGGCGCUGGCCCUGGAGCAGGGCAGCGCUGCCAGCCGUGCCCAGCAGGCACAGAGUGCCACCGUCACCCUGGAGCUCCUCCAGGCGCACAGCUCGCUGGCGCUGGCGUACCGGGGGGCGCGGCGCAAGCAGGCGGAGCAGCUGCGGCGGCUGCGGGCGCGGGCGGCGGCGCUGCGGGGCCAGCACGGCCGCAGGGAGCGAGCCCUGGCCCGGACACUGCGGGAGCUGCGGCGCGGCGGAGAGACCUGCAUCUAGGGAGCCCCGGAAAUUCCUGGGGAAACUCGGAAUUCCCUGGGGAAACUCGGAAAUCUGUGGGGAAAUCUGAAAAUCCAUAGGGAAGUCUGAAAAUCUGUGAGGAAAUAAAAAAA